AUGGUCAAUCGCAUGCUCGACAUGCGCGAGGACAUCGACGAGCUCUGCUCCAUGGCGGAGGUCUCGAUCGAGAAGCUUUCGGACGACGACUGGGCGCAGCUCAAGCUCGCGUACCCAGUCCUCAGCAUGAUCGACAUACUCAUCGCUAAUCGCUUCCUCAUUGACCCCGAGGUCACCCAUGAGCAACUGCGAGAGUUUUAUGGCUGCUAUGCCAAGGCAUUGUACGGCGACAGAACGACAGACACCUUGAUCCAGCGCGUUCGCCGCGACGUGUGGGGCCGCUUUGCGAGCAAGAUUGCGGUUGCAUUCCAUGACCAGCUUGCGCGCACCGAGAACGAAGCUGUCCCAAUAGUGGUGGAGAUCGCGUUUGCCCCAGAUGAUGCUCCUCGGCGCGCCUCUGCAUCUGCGAACAACAUCAGUGCCGGUUCAUCAGGUGUUUGUGGACCUUAUUCUGCAAAGUACAAGCGCCAGCUUGAGGCUGGCACUGGUAGUCGCGUUGGGUCCAAGAAGCCGCGCACGGCGUUUGUGCAGCAGGCGAGGCGCGGCCCUUCCGCGACUCUGCUAGUCGAGAGGUACAGCAAGGCACUUACUCAGGCCAUCUUCGACUACAAGAAGAUCUGUGUAACGAUGUCGCCAGACGCGCGCAUCCAGCUGAUCCCCGCCCUGGCCCACACUAAGUGCCGCUACGGUGACGAUGAGUGGAUCCUCGAUCGUAUGGCGGCAACGGCGCUCCUUCGUUCGCUGCUGCUCUCCUCUGCUGCAGCUGCGAGCGUGGAACAGCUCAUCUCGGUGGGCACAGAUAUGCUCACUCGUAAGCGCAACCGUCUUGACUCCGAAAGGAUCGAGAAGAUGUUGUCGUCUUCGGAACGGGAAUGGACAAUGCCGAUGCCGAGGACGGUGACGACGGCGGUGGUCGAGCGCGAUGAUGGCAAGAGCGAGGAGCGUGCCGAUGAGGUCCCCGACUGGUGA